AUGAACGGUGUCAGCCCCCACAGCAUCAUCCGCGUCAUCCUGGCAAAUGUGCGUGAGCCCGUCCGCAAAUACCUUGAUGUCGUGCACACCUGCGAACGCCUCUGGUACGGCCACAUCUCCGUAUUCCAGGAGUUCGACAUCUGUUUCUCAGUGUUUCAGUGCGCCCUCAACGUGAUGCUCACCUACUUCGACUUCACCUGCUUGAUCUUUCCCCCGUCUAUUGCACCUGGUCUCGCCGAGCUCCCCAAGCUCACGUCGAGCAAACAACGCCGCAGAGUCGUGCUGGCCGGGAAAGAUAUCAAGACGUAUAUCUAG